ACACACUCCAGCCCCCUGUGAUGCCAGCCACUCACUCACCCCACACUUUGGUCUGGACGGCGUGUUUCUCCACGAUUUCGGCGGUAUGAUCUGAAAACCGACCAGCACAUUUAAUGCAACAGUGGAUGCAGCUGAUGGAGAUGCGUCUUUGCACGGGAAAGGUGAUUAACCCCUGCAGUCGGAGUCCGCGGCGGUGUGAGAGCUAUGACCGGCAGACAGCAGCCUGCAGAGACGGACGGAGAGAGACUUCUGGAUCAACAUAAUCCAUCUGCACUUCAGGAGGGGAGAUGAGGACGAUGAUGGCUCCGAUGAAAGCAGCAUUAUUCCUGUUGGUGCACGGGGUGCUCCAGUACGCCAUGUGCCGUGACGUGACCCUUCCCCCUGGGCCUCUCUUCCGCGUUGCCGGGUUCCCUCUCUCCCUGCCGUGUGCCGUGACGGGGUACGACGGCCCGCGCACCCAGGACUUUGAGUGGUUCUUGUACCGGGACGAUGCUGGCGGGAGGCAGAUGGGCGUGGUGUCCACCAGGGACAAGGGCUUCCCGUACGCCCCCUUCCUGACCCGGGUGAAGAACGGGGAGGUGAGGGUGGAGAGAGACUCGGGGGACAAGGUCCGCCUGGUGCUGCAGAGGCUCCGGGCCGAAGACCAGGGGAAAUACGAGUGCUACACCCCCAGCACGGACACCACCUUCCAGGGCAACUACAGCUCCAUGGUGAAUGUCAGAGUGAUUCCAGAUACGCUCCAGAUCAGCUACACGCGCUCCCUGACCAGCCAGCCGGUGCCGGAGGGGGCCGAGCUGACCCUCACAUGCUCAUCCAGCAUCCAGUCGCAGCAGCUCACGCACCUCUCCAUCACGUUCGGGAAGCGCGGUGGCGAGGAGCCUUCGGCAGACGGAGAUGGAGCGGAGGCCGGCACCGUCAGGGAGAUCAUCUCCAUCGACAAGCUUCUGGGGGUCCUGCCCGGGAGCUUCUACAAGACGCGCUACGAUGAUGGAGAGAUCACGCUGGAGAAGAGGAACGGAGAGGGCGGCCAGGGCGUGUACGUCAUGAGGAUGAAGGCGGUGCAGCCGGACGACUCCGGCUCGUAUUUCUGCGAGGCCUCUCAGUGGAUCCGGGACCCGGAUCGCUCGUGGCAGAAGAUCGCUCAGAGGACGCUGGACAUCGGCAACCUGACCGUGAAGCAGUUAGCGGAGUCUCUGAGCGUGACGUCCUCACCCAGGGGGGACGUGACCCUGCAGAUUGGUUCGCCUCUCAUCCUGACCUGCGAGGUCUUGGGGCUGCCGUCUGACGGGAACUCGGGCCUGCUGGUUCAGUGGAUGAAAAGGGGGUCUGGAAACGGAGAAGUCGCUGGAGCCGGAGGCGUCGAGGUUACGGUGGCCCAGAUGAGCCCAGACGGCACCGUGAGCUGGGGCGACGACCUCAGCAGGUCCAGCGGAGGCUCCUUGGAGAAGGUGGCGGAGGGGAAGUACUCGCUGAAGCUCUUCUCAGCUCGGCCCUCCGACUCGGGGGUGUACCGGUGUGUGGUGAGCGUCUAUGCUGGCAGAAGAAAUCCCGGCCCGUCUACGCCGGUGACACUCACCCAGAGGUCGGAGGGAGUCACUGUCAACCUUAAGACCAAAGAUGUUUUGGUUUCAGCCGUGGCUCAGCUCCCUCGUGGGCCUCUGCUCAAGCGCGGCAGCACCAUCACCUUGAUCUGCAACGCCACCGUGACGACCACGGGCCCGGCCCAGGCUCAGGUGCAGUGGCUGCGCUGGCCCAUCCCCGAGUCUGCCGUCAGGAGGGAGUCGGACGCCGCGCCGGUGGAGCCUCCCGUCGUGGAAACGCCCAAAGUGAUCGCUGCUCUGAUGUACAACGGUGUGGCCAAUACCUACGCUAACAGCAGUGAAAUCAGCGUGGACCGGCUGUCGGCCGUCAGCUACAGACUGAGGGUCCACGUGGCCACGAUGGAGGACCAGGGCAUGUAUGCGUGUCACGCGGAGGCGUGGGGGCAGGACCCGCAUGGAGGCUGGUACAACACCGGGGCCAAAGCAGAGUCAAAUGCAGUGACUGUUUACCUAUAUUCCAGAGCUGCUGACCUCCUCCUCAUCCCUUUGGUGGUCGGAGUCUCGUCCGCCUUGCUCGUCGGCAUAAUCAUCAUCGCAACGGUAACCUGUUGCUUCAUGAAGCGCUUGGCGAGGCAGCGCGCUCGGAAAUGAGCGCCGGCACCACGUCCCCGGCUGUGCAGGAAAUGAUUCUUAACGAUGCGGUACAAAGAAGUGAUGCCCAGAUCACAAAAAAAGAAGAAAAAAAGAAAAAAACUGACUGUGACUGAAUGUUAGUUGGUACUUUUGUUUGUUUUUCCGGUUCUGACCAACCUGUUUUGCAGUCAAUGCCAAAAAAACGUCAGUUUUGUAUUCGCUUGUAUUUUUAUAUCCAAACAUCUCCUGGAGUUUAGUUUUGUGCCGUGCACUCCACCACCAAACCGAGAGGGAAGACACUUUUUUCUUUUUUUCUGGGUACUGGUUUCUACGGUGGCCGAGACCCGCCAUUGCUGAAAUUAAAAGUAACGCUGCAAACAGAAACAAACAACGCUGCAAAUAAAAUAAACGCUGCAAACAAAAAGAAACGCUGCUGCAAAUAAAAGAAAUGCUGCAAAUAAAAUUAAAAAACAACGCAAAUAAAAAAGCCACAACGGAAGUGAAUUACCGGGGACUAUUUUUGCCGAUGCACCGGUGUUGCACAUUAAAAAUUACACGUAGCGACGUUGAACACCAACCUUUUCACUUAUUUUCUCGUUCGUUGUUCUUCUUAUUCCUCGCUCUUCUUAUUUCUUCCUUUUCACUUACGUCCUCUUCGUCUUCUUCUUCUCUUCUCAAGUAAAAAACACCGGUGCAUCAGCAAAAACAGUCCCCGGUAAUUCACUUCCGUUGUGGCUUUUUUAUUUGCGUCAUUCUUUUUUUUUAUUUGCAGCGGUGUUUCUUUAUAUUUGCAGCGUUUCUUUUAUUUGCAGCGCCGUUUGUUUUUAUUUUCAGCGUUUAUUUUAUUUGCAAAGCGUUUAUUUUAUUUGCAAAGCGUUUAUUUUAUUUGCAGCGGCAUUUCUUUUUAUUUGCAGCGUUUCUUUAAUUUUCCGCAAUGGCGGGUCUCGGCCACCGUAGGUUUCCAUAUUGUUCAUACUUAUUGAUCCCUUUGCCUCACCUUACUUUUGAAUGUCAACUAGAAAAUGUAAAAAAAAAAAAAUACAUUGAACAUUAAGGUUGUACAGUAACUGAAGAGGCUUCUGCAGGUUUGUUGUAGUUCUUUGCAAUUUUUUUUUUUGCAUCCAACUGCUCUCUGAGAGGAUUAAUUGUUACAGUGUGAUGCUAUCUGACUCCUCACGUGUUUUACUUGAUGCUGGAUACGUAGGCCAUCUUAAUUUGACUUAACAAACAAAGAAUAUUCUGUGUCUUCACAAAUUCCUGACAGCGUUCCAGCUGCUCCCUCGUCGGACUGCCUGUUUUCAUUUCAAUACAGAACCCAAAAAUGUGUAAAUGCAAGUACACGGUUAAGCCGCUGCCACUGACUUUCACGUGAAUGCUGAUGGGAGCAGUUUGGCUUCCAGAAACCUAAUUUGAGCAGAGACAGUUCUCCGCCUGCAGUCCGGCACUGCUCUGCAUGUAAAAAAGCCUCUCUGUCUGAGAGUUAACGAGGAGCUCGAGGGCCGGGGACUUUCUGAUCAAGACCAUUUUGGAACUAAUUGUAAGCAUUCCUCACCCGUGAUGCUUCAUGCUGUAAAGAGGUUUUAAAGUAGACUUAUCGAUUAGACAAAGAUGAAUGAAAGAGAUACUGGCUGCACUGUGCUAAAAUAUGUAAAUAGUCAACGGGUUUAGCUGUUUUUUUUUCUUCGUUUUCUUAAUGUGAGACUGCGCCUUUGCAUUGCAUUUCUUUGUCAGGCAACUGUGUUUAACAUUCUGCAGCAGUCUUCUCUGCUCUUUCAAAGCACUUGGAAAGUAAUGGGACUGGGACCAAAGCCUCUUGGUAUCCUUUUACUUGAUUAUCCUCCAGCUGAAAAUGUUAUUUCUCUUGCUUUUUCUUUUUUCUAUUUGUGGGAUUAAUGCCUCCUAAGCUCCUGUCAACAAAAUAGGAUAUAAAAUGCUAUACUGUGAAAAAAGAAGCCCGUGUUUUGUUAUACUGAGUUAACGGAGAAGAAAAAAAAUGCUUAGUUUCAUGCUGUUUAAUGGAUACUUAUCCCUGGGGGGAAGGAUUUCCUGAGGAGUGGGGCUAAAAGACUAGAUUGUUCAGAGAAGUCUCGUUGCGUGUGUCAUUGUUAUCAUCAUGUGGUUCGGGCCUCGGGACUUGCGACUGUAGGGCCCGAUGUUUGCCCACAGAAAGCUGGCAGACUCUCUUAAAAAUGAGUGAAUUCCAUCUUCGACUUCCUGAAGAAAGAAACACUUAAGAAAAGUUUGGUCACAUUAGGUAUGCAUGCACUCUUUUUUUUUUUUUUUUUUUUUUUUCCAUCUCUAUUUGAAAUCCUGUUCUCCACAAACCCGCCCGCUCACACACUGGGGAAUAAAGUUACAUCCCUGCUUGUUUCUGCAGCUACUUGGUCUUAGACAGUACUGGAGUUGAGGGGGGAUGAGGGGGGAUGAGGGGGGAUGGCAUCCCCCCUGAAAUAAAACCGGUCAAAAUCAUCCUCCCUGUAAAACUGCCAUCCCCCCUUUCCAUCCCUUAUGUCAUUUCAUCAAUGAAUGUGGUUUUACUGCUAUUUCAACAUUUAGAGUCAUCAUUAGGAAAAUAACACCAGAAAAAUAACUUAUUUGACAAUUUUCACCUGUUUCAAGUAAAUUUUCACUUGAAAUAAGUAGGAAAAUCUAAGAUUUAUCUUCUCAUUACAAGCUAAAAAAUCUUGUUCCACUGGCAGAUUUUUCUACUUAUUUUAAGUGUAAAUCUACUUGAAACAGGUGAAAAUUGUUGUUUUUUUCCAAUGAAGAGUCUUGUUUUAAGUGUAAUGAGAUUUUUUUUUUACUAAAAUGAGACAUUUUAACUAGAAAUAAGACGAAUAUUCUUGUUAAGAUUUUGAGUUUUUGCAGUGAUCCAUUUUACUUAUCCUGUGAAGGACAGAGUCAUAUUGAUAAGUUCAGAAAACUGUUUUUUAUUGUUGUGUUUUGAUGUAUUUGAUGUAAGCCCAGUGGAUAUUUAAAGCUUACAGAAGGCUGCAUUUAACUGCUGCUAUGUCAUUCCUGCAGUAUUUCUGCAGGUGUUUUGGUCAGUGCUAUUAUUUGUAAUAUAUUAUUUGUAAUCAGCACAAAUGAUCUGUCCCCAUAUGAUAAAAUCCACCAUCCCCCCUGAUUUUUAUUUACAACUCGAGUACUGGUCUUAGAGCAGUUCUGUUUGGCUCGUCUGCAGACGGGUUUGACCACUCCAGCAGCAACAUGACAGUGCUGGCCAGGCUGGCAUUUCAGUUGGAAGUAAGUGAGUAUCUACCCGUUCAUCUCUAAUCCCUGUUUAUGGCUGCAGCGCAUCCUCCUGCCCUUCCCCCACCAUGUGUGUGUCUCAUAUACAGUACAAUUUGUUUCAAUCUUUCUCAGAAUUACAACUAGUGCUAAAAAAAAAAUAACAAAAGCAAAACAAAACCGUGUUCUCACGCAGGGGAAAUGAAAACGGCUGUCAAAGUUGUGUUUUAAUACGUGAAACGGUUUUGCAGAAGCCUGUAUUUCUGUUGGGAUUGUUUGCUCGUGCUUUGAUACAAGUGUCCCUGAAUGCAUCUUACUGCCAUUCAAAACCAACCCAGGCAGGUUUAUCGCUCACUUUUCAUUCUUAUGGUGCUUUGACAGACCUGUCAGCUGAUAAAAUCAAUAAACUAUUUUGGAUUUUAAAUGUCACAUUACCAUUUUGUGUAUUUUUUUUUUACAAAAUAUAUAUAAUAUUGCCAAAAAUAUGUUUUCAUCAAACCCUGAAGUGUUUUUUUUUUUUUUUCGUUGUCAAAGACUGAUGAUGAUUGCAGAACAUUCUGAGGUAAUAAUAAAAUAAGCCAACAUGUCUGAUCAUUA